AUGCUGGGCAAACAACUGUAUUUAUAUAUAUUUUUUAGUGAGAUUACUUUUUUGCUGCGUUCCUUACUAGAAGCUCAGCAAAUCACUUGUUGGAAUGAAUGGGCAGUGCAAAGUCUGGUCCUUUUCAGCUUCACACUGCAGGUUUUCUUGCUCAUGUUCGCUUCAAUCCGACGUUACAGCGUCUCCACUGGGACAAGGCUGCUCCUGUGGCUGGCGUACCUGCUGGCCGACACCACCGCUCUCUUCACCCUUGGCCACCUCUCCAUCAGCACCAAGCUGCCUGAGCGGCACCGACUGUUGGCGUUCUGGGCACCGUUCCUCCUGGUCCAUCUAGGCGGCCAGGACAACAUCACGGCCUACUCCUUCGAGGACAACGGGUUGUGGCUGCGGCACCUCCAGACCCUGGUGGUACAGGUCCUGGGUGCUGCCUAUGUCCUCUACAAGUAUAUGCCCGUCAGUGGUGAGACCUGGGAACUCACCAUGGCAGCCAUCCUAAUCUUCGUGGUGGGCGUUCUCAAGUAUGGGGAGAGGAUAUGGGCGCUCCGUUCCGCAACAUUUGAUAGCAUCUGGAGCUCUGUUGACGAAGACAGUAGUGCUGCCUUGUCUGCGCGCUCCACAGAAAGUAAUACUAGCCAUGCAGACCUUCUUCUGCAAGAGACGCUAGUCGCAAGGCUCUCUCUGAUGGAGGAGGAUGGGGAGGCAGUGCUGAUGGGAGCUCACAGCCUGAUGGACGUCUGCAAGGGAUUAUUCAUCGGCUUGCGGUUGCGGAGAGAGCGGCGCAAGCACGUACGUGAAGUGUUGAAGUCCUUCGAGAUGUAUGGCCGCCUGAACAAGUUGAUGGAGAUGGAGUUGUCCCUCAUGUACGACAUCCUCUACACCAAGGCGGUGGUGAUCCACACGUGGUACGGAUUCUUCAUCCGCGUCGUGUCACUGGUCGCCACAGCCUCUGCACUGUUGUUGUUUCAGCUGAACCUGAGCCUGAGCAACAGCAACUUGGACAAAUUGAGAAAAGUUGACGUGGCCGUCAGCUAUGUCUUGUUGGGCGGUGCGUUGCUCCUGGAGGUGGCGUCCGUGGUCAGGGCAGCUGCUUCCACCUGGACAAGUGCCUUGUUGUACGACAAGAAAUGGCACUGGCUCAACGACGAGCUUCUAUCUCUCCGCAGACUUGCCAGGGCUGCCAGGCACAGGAAGUGGUCCGGUUACCUGGGGCAGUACAACCUGUUGGAUUCGUGCGCACGCGACGCUUCCUGCAGGAAGCAGGAGCCGACCUGCGUAGCAGCGGCGAGGCGGCUAGGGUUGGGGCGCACCGCCGAGUACUGGUGGGACAAUCUGCGGAACUCAACGUCCAACAAGCUUUCUGACGCUGCCAUGGAGAUGGUGCUGGCAGAGAUACUGCUCAUCAGAACGGGGAACCGGGGCGAGGAGAUUACAGGUUUGCUCCCUGGCAUGCUCACCCUGCAACGUCUCAAACUGGACGACCGUCUCAGCUGGAGCAUACAGGACAUUGAGUUCGAGGACAGCAUCAUGGUCUGGCACCUCGCCACGCACAUCUGCAUCUUCAGUGCUGCCGAUCGCAACAAAGACGACGACGACCACAAGUUCUCUGAUCUGGAGGAGGCGGUCAUGAUGCUCUCCAACUACAUGAUGUUUCUCCUUGUGCUACGACCCUACAUGCUGCCCGGACCAGUUCGACGCAGCCGCUAUGUCCAAUUCCGCGAUGACCUUCGCGACGUGAUGCGAGGAUCUCCGUCGCCGCCUCAAGAGAGACUCGACUGGGCUCUCCGCAAGGGUCUGCAUGCUCACACCAAUUCCUCUGGUUCUUGCAAACUUUACCACACGGGGGUGACGCUUGCCCAUGUGCUCCACCACGGGACCAUCGGCAUGAAGGUCAUCUUCGGGGUGUGGGUGGAGAUGCUGUGCUAUGUCGCUAACCACUGCAGCAGAGAGUCUCACGCCAAGCAACUCAGCAACGGGGGGGAACUUGUCACCAUCGUCUGGCUUAUGGCAAGGCACGCCAACUUGUCUUACGCCAGCUCAUGAUAUAUCCAGAAUAUAUAGUGUAUUUCAGUUA